UGUCUUUCCGCUCGUCUCUUUGAAUUGUCAAUUUAGCUCGAAUUUAUAGCCACAAUUUGUUUUAUUUAUCAGUCUUUUUUGCGCGAAAAGUAUGAGCGGCACAAACACAACAGGCGGCCGGAGCAAAGCCGAGACAGCCGAGCUGAUCGCGCUGUGGGCCACCCACGAACUGGGAUUCAGAAAGGCAUCCACACUGCCCAAAGCAUUUAUUGCGCUUUACAAUGAUCUCAAAAGUGCGAGCGCCAAGGAGCAGAAGGUGGUAUCAGAAAUCCAGGGUAUGGAGCUUGAAAACCUUGGCUGCAUACAAGCAAUUGACGAGCUCGAGGCGAAGCGCAGUGCGACUGAGAGCAGAAUUCGUGAAUUGCGACUACAGAUUCUCGUCAAGCAGGAGAUGGCGGAAAAAGUGCGCCGUUUGUCUAAGCGCAUGAGAAUACUAAUCCGGGAGAUGGCUGUAGCUAGUGACAUCCGCGAUCAUUUAUACGAGCUGAUUCGUAAAGCUCAGUAUUCUUUGGCGAACGAGGGCGCCGGAUCUAGCUCGAUUCAUGAAGUUGUGGCAGACAGUACGCUCGAGCAGCGCCAGACUAUGGUGGCCAACGUGAUAAGCGACAUAAAGAAUUUGGAGGACAUACACGUACGAGCUCGAGCCUCACUUGACGCAAGGAAGUCGGAGCUAGUUGAAAAGCUGGAAAGUGUAGUUGGUAUGCUGAAUAUGGAUGCCGCAUCGGAUGGGGCCGAGGCAUGCGAUUUCAAGGGUGCAAUUGUACAUCUUUCACAGGUUAGAGGCAAAAUUAACGUUACCCGAAACUGCGCACUUUGGGUAUAUGAAGAUCACAAUAAGUUGGAGCUGAUUGCUGAUCAAAUAAAGGAGAUCCGGAGUUUGUUGCUCGCAACUCAAAAUGUUGCUUCCAAGGCACUCGCGUCAUUUGAAGCUGAUGUGGUUCCGGCAUUUGAGAGCUUACAGCGGUCGUUACGCUAUGUCAGCACGCGAGAUGCUUGGAAUUCAGUCAGCCUCUGGCACUUACAGAACAUCCAGGUCGAUUCAAGCAAUGGCAGUGGCAAGGAGUACAGGCCUGCGGACAAGCUGGUGACUCGCAGCAGCCAUACUGAGGCGCUCCGCAAGCAGCUUAUUGGAGACAUUGCCCAUGCUUCCGUCGGAAAGUCGGGAUAUGCUCAUGAGACUGUCGUGGCAGAAUUAGCCAAGCAAGUGCAAAUAAACGGCGAGCUUGCAGUGAGCUGCCAUCGAAUCGAGCAGUUACACCGCGAUAGCACCAACAAACCAGUGCAUGUAGGUGAAAAAAAUUUGAUUGAGGCGGCGGUUGACGGCCUGUGUCAGCAAGCCCAGAGCAAAGAGACCGAGGCCAAGAAAAGUUUGGAUAUAGUCGGUGCGUCGGCAGCCAUGGAGGAUGUCAUCGUGCAGCUUUCGGAGACAAGUGGUCGUCUGUUUACCGAUUCGUUUGCUCCUUGGCACGAGCGCAGCGGUGUUAGCUAUGCAGAAUAUCUGAAGCAGCUCAAGAUAGCUCGUGCGAGCGAGUGAGUGGGGCCAUACACAGAUAGAUACUUUGAAUUUUACGAUUAGUGUUCUUAGAUGUUAGUUGCCAAAUAUACCCAACAGCACAUAACAACACACAUAUUUACAGUACAUAACACUGUCAUUUCAUUUUAAUUUUUAUAGUAGCAAUACUUUUAGUCAUUAC